AUGGGCGUCCGAGGGAAUGGGGUUGCGGGAUGUCCCGGCACAGCUGAGCGCUGGGAGAAGGGCUCAGCCUCGCUGGGGCGGGCAGGUGGCCGAGAGAAUAAAAUGCCCAUCUUGAUCUCCAAGAUAUUUAAGGGGCUGGCGGCAGAUCAGACCGAGGCGCUGUACGUGGGGGAUGCCAUCCUCUCCGUCAACGGGACCGACCUGUCCGAGGCGACGCAUGACGAGGCGGUGCAGGCGUUGAAGAAGACGGGCAAGGAGGUGGUCUUGGAAGUGAAGUACAUGAAGGAGAUCUCCCCCUACUUCAAGAACUCCUCGGCGGGAGCAACGGUCAGCUGGGACCCCUCUCCCGCCGCCCUGCAGAAGCGAUCGUCCCCCCUGCUACCCCCUCGGGAGCUCCGGGAGGGCAGGACCGUGCCUCUGAAGAUGUGCUACGUGUCCCGCAAGUGCCUCCCUGCCGACUCGGAGCACAGGUACCUGGAGGUGUGCUCGGCGGAUGGACGCGUUGCCCUCUUCCUGCGGGCGAAGGACGAGGCCACGGCGCAGUCGUGGCUCAGCGCCAUCCAGGCCAACGCGGGCGCGCUGCUGCCGCGGGGGGAGGAGGGGCUUGUGGCCCGCCUGCCGCAGAGCCGUGAUGCCCUGGGCAAGCCCGCACACAGCUACCCCCUCAUUGCCACCAG